UAUAAGAAUUUGAGCGCAAAUGAUAUAACGCCAUUUCCUCAAGAAUUACCCAAGUUCGAAAAUUCGGUGAACUCAAACAAAAAUCCAAAGCUAUCUACGAAGUCCUCCAUCUAAAUUUCUGCCCUGAGCCCACGAAUUCACCACCGUCUAAAUCCGCUCUCUGUCUUUCAAAUACACUCUCACACACAUAAGAGAAAAGAGGAGAGAGAUCAUCUCACAGAUAACCCACCAACAACAAUCAAUGGCUGAAUCACCCCCAACAGUAUCUCUUCCACCUCAUCCUAAUCACAUGGUCCCACCCAUCCCAUCUGCAGAUCCACCUCACCCAUUGUUACGCUCUCUCCAAUCUCCGCCACCGCCAACUCCUCCGCCACCUCCUCCACCACCGACUUCAGGUCCCAUUUUCUUCAAGAGACCCUCUGUUAGGGUGACCUCUGAGUUUGACAGUGAUAGCUCCUUAUUUCUCCAUAAGGUGUCAUGUAAGUUAUUUGAUAGCUUGGCUAAACUCAAGGUCUCUUUCCGGAACAAUAAUAAAGGAGAGGUGUCUGAGCCCCAAAUUGCCUUCACUUCGAAACUCCUAUCUAUUCACUAUGAUCUUGCUGACCAAAAUGCUCUUAUAAAAGGCUCCUUUGAUGUGGGUCCCACCUUGCAAUUCAAGGCUGCCCAUGAUGUCAAGGCUAAAGAAGGAGAGGUGUCAAUGGUUGCAAAGCUUGCUGAUCCUGGCUAUGCACUUGAGCUGUCAACACCUGUUCCAACAAUUGGUUUACCAAGAGCAACCUUCAAAUUCCCCCUCGGUGAAGUUUCACUUGAGGAGAGAGAAGAUGAGGAAGUGAAGAGAUCAUUGUCAGUAGGUGGAAUUGUCAAAGGCCAGAUGCUGAAUGGACUAUGCACCGCACAAUUCAAUGAUGAAGAUUUGAAACUAAGAUAUGCCUAUAAGGAUGCAGAACUUUCAUUUAUCCCUAGCAUUUCUCUGCCUUCAAAUGCUGUAGCGUUUGCAUUCAAGCGUCAGAUCAGUCCCAAUAAUAAGUUGAGAUUCAAGUAUGUGUUUGGAGUUUUGUGGAAGUCAUCAUUCCUUGCGUUUGCUACUGGUACAACUUUGAUUCCAACACCUGGAGUGCUGUGUACAAGCACACAUAUGGUAAGGAUUACAAAUUUAAAGCCGGUUAUGAUUCAGAGGUGCGCCUUGGUUGGGCAUCGCUUUGGGUUGGAGAUGAAGGUGGGAAGGCAAAGACUGCCCCAAUGAAGAUGAAAGUCCAAUUUAUGCUUCAAGUGCCGCAAGAUGACAUCAUGUCCUCAGCGUUAAUGUUCCGUGUUAAAAAAAGGUGGGAUAUACUGUAGGUUAGUUUCUAAGAGCUGCUCUUUUCUCUGUACAUUGUGGGUUCGAUAUGAGAGUAGCAGUGCGUAAUGUUCCAAUGUAAUGUGCAUAUUGCUGAAUAAUGACAACAAAUGGUUUUGACAA